AUAUAUGUGAGUGCCUGGGUCUUUCACGCAAGCGAGCACAGGGUCCAGAGACGACCUGUGCCUUUAAUUUGCCAACUGCAAAACUACAGAGUCUGUGCCUUGAAGGCAUCCCAUUACAGUGGAAUGAGCUAAGGAUCUACUCAGCUAUAUAAACCAGCAGAAACUGCUUACUCCAACCAGAGUUUGCCUUACUGUCAAACAUUCUCUCUCCCUCCCUCUCUUUCCCCCUCUCUCUGUCUUUCUCUCUCUGACUUGUCCUGUCUAUACCAUAGAUGGGACAAGUUUUCUGAAUUUUUUUCCCUCAAGACAGAAGCGGACAAGAGAAAAGCAUCCUAUUUAUCCCCUGGAGACUUGACACAACACAAGGAACUAACACAUAUCAAAGGCAAGCAGGACCAUUGAUAGGAGGGAGAGCUGAUCGGCACAAUCACUUCGAAACGAGCUUUUCUCAUUGUUCCUUUCUAUUGUGAACAUAAAGGAGAUUUGAAGCCAUAAGAGAAUUCCCAAGGAACUGAACCUCAACAUGGGCCUCCAUGUUUGGGUACUGGCCUUGGUGACCAUCGCUUUAUUCCAUCAACCCGUUCAUGGUGGACUCAUCAAAAGAAUUAUUCGGCAGAAGAGGGAGGCUGGACUCAAUGUCACAUUGCCGGAGGAGAACCAGCCUGUGGUCUUUAACCAUGUCUACAAUAUUAAAGUCCCCGCAGGCAACCUCUGCUCUGUGGACUUGGACUCAGCAAGUGGCGACUCAGAACUCAAGACUCAGACUGAGGAGGACAAGCAAUACGAGGAGCAUACAUUGAAUGAGGAGAACCAGAUUGUCUUCACACACAGGAUAAACAUCCCACGGCGGGCUUGUGGCUGUGCAGCAGCCCCUGAUAUCAAGGAUCUCCUAAGUAGGCUGGAGGAACUGGAGGGGCUGGUGUCCUCUCUGCGAGACCAGUGCACCAGUGGAUCCGGGUGCUGCCCCAGUGGACAACCAGCAAUAGGUCACAUUGAUGCUACUCCCUACUGCAGUGGACGGGGAAACUACAGUAAUGAUGUCUGUGGCUGCAUCUGUGAACCUGGUUGGAAGGGCCCCAACUGUUCUGAACCAGAAUGUCCCCAGAAUUGCAACAACAGAGGCCAAUGUGUCAAUGGCAAGUGCAUUUGUGCUGAAGGCUUCACAGGGGAGGACUGUGGGCAACUCACAUGCCCUGGGGACUGCAGUGACCAAGGCAAAUGUGUUGAUGGCAUGUGUGUGUGUUUUGAUGGCUAUGCUGGGGAGGACUGUGGCCAGGAAGUUUGCUUGGUGCCAUGCAGUGAGAAUGGCAAAUGCAUAAAUGGGCAGUGCAUCUGCACAGAAGGCUUCAGUGGGACAGACUGCAGCCACUCCCUGUGCCUCAAUAAUUGCAAUAACCAUGGGCGCUGUGUAGAGGAGGAGUGUGAGUGUGACGAAGGUUACACUGGAGAAGACUGCAGUGAGCUUAUUUGCCCCAAUGACUGCUACGACCGUGGCCGUUGCAUUAAUGGGACCUGCUAUUGCGAUGCUGGGUUUACUGGAGAAGACUGUGGGGAUAUGACUUGUCCCAGCAACUGCCACGGGAAUGGUCGUUGUGACAAUGGUUUGUGUGUAUGCUAUGAAGGGUUCAUGGGGGAUGACUGUGCCGACCGGAGGUGCCCCAAAGACUGCAACAAACGCGGCCGUUGCAUUAAUGGACAAUGUGUGUGCCAUGCGGGUUUCCUGGGCCUUGACUGUGGAGAAGUGAGAUGCCCCAGUGACUGCAACAACCACGGUCGCUGUGUAAAUGGCCAGUGCGUAUGUAAUGAAAAGUACAUGGGGGAUGACUGCAGUGAACUGCGGUGCCCCAAUGACUGCAACAACCGUGGCCGCUGCAUCAAGGGGCAGUGUGAGUGUGAUGAGAGGUUUAUGGGGGAUGACUGCGGAGACUUGAAAUGCCCCAAUGACUGCCACAACCAUGGAAGGUGUAUCAAUGGGCAGUGCGUGUGCAAUGAGGGCUUUGUGGGUGAAGACUGUGGGCAGCUGCAGUGCCCCAAUGACUGCAACAACCGGGGACGCUGCGUCAAUGGCAAGUGUGUGUGUGAUGACGCCUUCACUGGGGUGGACUGCAGUGAACUGCGGUGUCCAAAAGACUGCAACAGGCAUGGUCGCUGCAUCAAUGGCCAGUGUGUGUGUGAUGAGGGCUACACAGGGGAGGAUUGUGCUGAAAGGACCUGCCCCAAUGACUGCAACAACCGUGGGCGCUGCAUCAAUGGUGUGUGUGUGUGCAAUGAAGGCUUUGUUGGGGAUGACUGCCGAGAACUGGCCUGUGUGAACAACUGCAGUGGCCGAGGCCGUUGCAUGAACGGGCAGUGUGUUUGUGAAGAGGGCUUCACCGGGGUAGACUGCAGCCAACUGCAGUGCCCCAAAGACUGCAACAAUCAAGGGCGCUGCUUCAAUGGAGUGUGCAUAUGCGACGAGGGAUACCAGGGACAAGAUUGCAGUGAACAGUCCUGCCCCAACAACUGCAACGAUCUUGGUCGCUGUGUCAAUGGACGCUGUGUCUGUGAAGAAGGCUAUGUAGGCGAUGACUGUUCUGAUGUAAUGCCUCCAAAAGAUCUGAAAGUUACAGAUGUGACUGACAAGACUGUCAACCUGGAAUGGAAGAAUGAAAAUGUGGUCACUGAAUACCUCAUCACCUACAUCCCUACCGGAACUGGUGGCUUAGACUUUGAGUUCCGAGUGCCUGGGAACCAUACGUCAGCCACCAUCCGGGAGCUGGAGCCUGGUGUGGAAUACUUCAUCCGUGUUUUUGCCAUCCUGAAGAACAAGAAGAGUAUCCCAAUUAGUGCCCGGGUAGCCACUUAUUUGCCCGCUCCAGAUGGCUUGAAGUUCAAAUCUAUUAAAGAGACAUCAGUGGAGGUAGAGUGGGACCCCCUGGACAUCCCAUUCAGUGGAUGGGAGAUUGUUUUCAACAGCCUGAAAGAGGAAGACAAUGUGGGAAUCAGGAACAGUCUAAAGAAGCCUCAAACAUCGUAUUUGCAACCAGGCUUGGCACCAGGACAACAAUAUAAUGUGUCUCUUUACGUUGUGAAGAAUCAAACCAGAGGACCUGGCCUCUCCAGGGUAGUAACAACAAAGCUUGAUGCACCCAGCCAGAUUGAGGCAAAUGAUGUUACAGACACUACAGCACUGAUCACAUGGUUUAAACCAUUGGCUGAGAUUGAUGAUGUUGAGCUGACUUUUGGGCCCAAGGAUGUCCCGGGAGACCGAACGACCAUCGACCUCUCCAAGGAUGAUAGCCAAUACUCUAUUGGGAAUCUGAAACCACACACCGAAUAUGAGGUGACACUAGUGUCACGACGUGGGGAUAUGGAGAGUGACCCUGUGACGGAAACCUUUGUCACAGAACUGGAUGCUCCAAAAAAUCUGAAACGCCUGUCUCAGACAGAUAGCACCAUCACCCUGGAAUGGAAGAACAGCCAGGCAACACCUGAAGCUUACAGAAUUAAGUAUGCCCCCAUUUCUGGUGGAGAUCAUGCUGAAGUCACAGUACCCAGAAGUGACCAAGCCACAACCAAAGCUACACUCACAGGUCUCAGGCCAGGAACAGAAUAUGGCAUUGGAGUGACAGCUGUGAAGCAGGACAAAGAGAGCUCUCCUUCCACUAUUAAUGCUGGAACUGAUCUGGAUCAUCCCAAGGACUUGGAAGUCACUGAUCCUACCGAGACAACUCUCACUUUGCGGUGGAAAAUACCCCGGGCUAAAAUUGAUCGCUAUCGCCUUACUUACAUGACCCCUGAUGGGAGGAAGAAUGAAAUGGCGAUUCCUGCCGAUAGCACAUCUCACAUUCUAAGGUCCCUAGAUGCUGGGACAGAGUACACCAUCAACCUUGUGGCAGAGAAGGGCAGGCACAAGAGCAAGCCUGCAACAGUGGUUGGCUCUACUGAAGAAGAGCCUGAGCUGGGGAAUUUAUCAGUCUCAGAGGUUCACUGGGAUGGAUUCCAGCUCACCUGGACGGCAGGAGAAGGGGCCUUUGAGAACUUUGUCAUGCAGGUGCAGGAGCCUAACCAGCCAGAAAAUGGACAUAAUAUCACCAUCCCAGGCUAUUUGCGAUUUGCGAAUCUUACUGGCCUCCUGCCAAGCACUCUUUACACUAUCACUCUCUAUGGUGUGACUCGGGGCUACAGAACCAAGCCCCUUUCAGUUGAAUCCAUGACAGUGAUGAAGCCCGAAGUCAGCAACUUAACAGUUUGGGGCAUCACCCCUGAAGGCUUCAAUCUCUCCUGGAUGACCACCAAAGGAAACUUCGAGAGCUUUAUCAUUGAAAUUAUUGAUUCCAACAGGUUGCUGGAACCCAUGGAAUACAACAUCUCAGGCCAUUUAAAGGCUGCUCAUAUCUCAGGGCUGUCCCCUAAAACUAAUUUCAUUAUCUACCUCUAUGGAGUUACUCGUGGUUUCCGUACUCAGGCAUUAAGCACUACAGCUACUACAGUAACUGCACAUCUCCUUAGCAAACUCACAGUUUCAGAUACUUCCUCUGACGGCCUGUCCCUCAUGUGGGAAGCGCAGGACGUUGCCUUUGACCAUUUCCUCUUAGAUGUUAGAAACACCAACAACCAGUCUCUGGACUCCCAGCAGCACACGGUGCCGGGGGACUUUCGGAGCUUUGUCCUCAUCAAUCUCAGACCGAACUCUAAUUAUACCCUCCAGCUUCAUGGCAUGGUUGAUGGGCAAAGUAGCCAGACCUUGACAACAUGGGCUACCACAGAGGUCGAACCACAGCUGGGCAUGCUUACACUCACAAAUGCUAAGGCCAACACAUUCAACCUCUCCUGGACCACAAGAGAUGGGCCUUUUGCAAAGUUGGCUGUAAAUGUUAGAGAUCCCCAUUUGUUCCAGGAGUCUCAGAAGCUUUCGGUGUCAGGGGAGGCUCAUGACACUCUCGUCUCAGGCUCAGUAGAUUAUACUGAUUAUGACAUUAACAUUCAGGGCACAACCACAGGCGGGAGACACACUGAGUCUCUCAUCUCUUUGUUGAUGACAGAGCCUUUGCCCCCACUGGAAAACCUCACUGUCUCAGGCAUUAAUCCAUAUGGCUUUACAGUGUCCUGGAUGGCAUCAGAGAAUGCCUUUGACAGCUUUCUAAUAAUCGUGGUGGAUUCUGGCAAACUGCUGGACCCCCAGGAGUUCCUCCUCUCAGGAGCCCAGCGUCAGCUGACACUUAGAGGGCUCAUAACUGGCAUUGGCUAUGAGGUUGUGCUUUAUGGUUUUGCUCAUGGUCGCCAAACUAGGCCCUUAAGUGUUGUUGCUCUAACAGAAGCAGAACCUGAAGUGGACAACCUUCUUGUGUCAGAUGCAACCCCUGAUGGCUUUCGUCUGUCUUGGACGGCAGAUGAUGGAGCCUUUGACAGUUUUGUUCUUAAAAUAAGGGACACCAAUAUGGUAUCAGACCCUCUGGAACUAAUUGUACCAGGCCAUGAACGCACCCAAGAUAUAAUAGGGCUGAAAGAAGGCACGGGAUAUUACAUUGAUCUCUAUGGAGUUACCAGUGGACAACGUUCCCAACCUGUAAAUACAAUCGCUACAACAGCAAUGGGACCUCCCAAGGAAAUUACAUUCUCUGAUAUUACCGAAGACUCAGCUGUGGUCAGUUGGACAGCCCCACGGACAAAGGUGGACCUCUUCCGGAUUAGCUAUGUUCCAGUUACAGGAGGUCCCCCCAAUUAUGUGACAGUAGAUGGAAGCAAGAGUAGAACUAAACUGGCAAAGCUGAUCCCUGGCGUGGAGUACAUUGUCAGUAUCGUCUCUGUCAAAGGAUUUGAAGAAAGUGAGCCUGUUUCUGGAUCUCUGACCACAGCUUUGGAUAGCCCAUCAGGGCUAAUGGCAGUGAACAUCACUGAUUCCAAAGCACUGGCUGUUUGGCAACCGGCAAUUGCUGCUGUUGAUGAGUACAUCAUUUCCUAUGUUACUGAGGGUGAGCAUGAAAUGACUCAGAGUGUCUCAGGCAAUACUGUGGAAUAUGAUCUCACUGGCCUCCGCCCAGCCUCUGAAUAUACACUCCGGAUCUAUGCCAGGAAGGGACCACAGAAAAGCACAGUCAUAUCCACCAAAUUCACUACAGACCUUGAUGCUCCAAGGGAUCUCACUGCAACUGAUGUUCAGUUUGAAACAGCACAGCUAACAUGGAAGCCCCCUCGUGCCUCUGUUACAGGUUACCUCUUGAUCUAUGAAUCAAUUGAUGGCAAAGUUAAGGAAGUUAUCCUGGGACCUGAGUCGAAUUCCUACAGCUUGUCAGAGCUGAGUCCAUCCACCCAGUACACAGUGAAAUUACAGGCCCUGAACCGGAAUUUGAAGAGCAAGAUCAUCCAAGCAAUAUUCACCACAACUGGACUCUUGUACCCUUACCCCAGAGACUGCUCCCAAGCUCUACUGAAUGGAGAAACAGCCUCUGGCCUCUACACGAUUUAUCUAAAUGGCAACAAGUCUCAGCCUACAGAGGUGUUCUGCGACAUGAGUUCUGAUGGAGGCGGAUGGAUUGUGUUUCUAAGAAGGCAGAAUGGAGAGCAGGAAUUCUACCAGAACUGGAGGACUUAUGAGGCUGGAUUUGGAAAUCCCAGUGGUGAAUUCUGGCUAGGUCUGGACAGGCUCCACAAAAUCACUUCCCAGGGCCAGUAUGAGCUGCGGGUGGAUUUGCGUGACCAUGAAGAAACUGCCUAUGCCCUCUAUGACAAGUUUUUUGUCGGUGAUGCCAGGUCUCGCUACCGGCUGAGAGUGGAAGGAUAUAGUGGAACGGCAGGCGAUUCCAUGACCUAUCACAAUGCACGCUUCUUUUCCACCUACGACAAGGACCAUGAUGCAGCAAUCACUAACUGCGCUUUAUCAUACAAAGGGGCUUUCUGGUACAAGAACUGCCACCGUGUUAACCUGAUGGGUAGAUAUGGGGACAACAACCACAGCCAGGGCGUCAACUGGUUCCACUGGAAAGGUCAUGAGCACUCCAUCCAGUUUGCAGAGAUGAAACUGCGACCAUACAGCUUUAGGAAUCUUGAAGGGAGACGAAAGAGAGCAUGAAUCCUCCACAGGGUUGGCUGACAGAAAGAAAAAGAAUGGUUGCUUGUUUGUUUGUUUAUCCAGAAAUUUGGGGGAAGGGAGAUUAGAAAUGGAGAUGGGAACUUUACCAAAGCAUCAGUGUUGCUUGACGUAACCUUGGCUCCCUUGACCAUUUUUAUUGGGGGGGUGGGAAAGGCUUCUUCAAAACGUAGCAUGCUCAACUGAGCAUCCUUUCCCCCACCCCCCACCCUAUCUGUAGCUGGCUUUCUUUGCACCAAAGAUGACAAUCGCCAGGGAGGGAAGCGGGGAGGGGAGGGGAUGUCAGGGAAGAGGACACAAUCUGGCAUAUUCACACACAGAAUCACACACAAAAAUAUAUAUACAUUAUUAUUGUGAUCAUUAUUAGCCAUCCUUGAGCUUUAUUAGCUGAUGAUCUGGAAUCUUUCCCUAUAUAUACAGACUGGAUCCAGACCUCUCCAUGACUAACUGAAGUUCCAUUGGUUUCAGUGGGUUUACUCCAAGCAUGACUAAAGGUGCAAUCCUAUCUCCACUCACCUGGGAGUAGUAGUGGCUGGUGCACAUUUGGACUGGUAGGGGGGAUGGCAGAGUGCAGAAAAGUAGGCAGCACCAGAGCCAACGACAUUCUAGUUUUGUCCCCAUCCUCCUCCCUGCUGAGUUCGAAAAGGGCAACACUGAGACACAGGAGGAUCUAACUUCUUAGUAGGCAUGGUGGGGAUUGCACUGCAAGUCUGGAUCCACCUCUCUCUCUCUCUCUCUCUGUUUUU